CAAAUAAUUUUAUCUGUAGCUUGGAUGCUUAAAAGGGGGUCUGUACUAGACACUUAAUUUUUAAAAGCUUCCCAUUGUUUUUGCCCUUUGUGACAGAAGAUACAGGAGCAACAAGAAUUAACAAAGCUGAUUGGUCAAAAACCAAAUGCAGGAGUAUCCUGCAAUUAAGACCCAAAAUAGGUUUAAUUAACUCAAAUUCUGGCUGUUUUCUACUUUAAAUCUAAGUAACACUUUGUGGUUUAAGUCCUAGUUAUAAGUUAAGUUAUCUCUCAAAUAAAUUGUCCCUCUAAGGCCUCUUUGGGAUCGUCAUGUCACCAUUUAAAUCCUGGUUUCAAACCAGCUUGUAAAAAAACAAGCAGUGGAAGUAUCCAGAAUAUUGACUCCAUAUCUGUGAGUGCAGGUGGGUUAUAAUUACUGAGAUGUUUCUGCAGGAUGGAGAAGCUGCCUUAUUAGUGCCAACCUUUGUUCAUUUGGGAUCGUGUUGCAGCCGUUUGUCGGAUAAAUAAAAACAAUCAAUCUUUGGACUCUCCAGUGAGAUAAUCACUUUAGACAUGCAGGUUUUGCCCUCUGAAUAUCACCGUCCUCCUCCAGCUGUAAUUACCUCCGCUGCUGACAGUACGGAGAGGUUUGUUUGUGUUCUUUCAAAGAUUAACUUCCUCUGGUUUCCGCCUUUUCCCAGUUCCACAGUUUGUUAGUCUGAGCUGAAUUAUUAUCUAGAAAUAUGAAACAGGAAAUGUCUGAGAUUUUUUGGCUCUGCCAUACACACCCACACUGGAAUAAAAAAAGAUAUUUUUAAAUCUGGUUCUUCUUAAAACCUGAGGGAUCAAUCUAUUGUGUUGCUCCUCUGCUUAUCCUUCUCUACAUCGUUCAUUUUCCUGAGCUGCAUUUAAUGAGAUGAUUCCUUGAUGUUGGCUUCGAUAACAGCACUAUUGUCCACUGGUAUUUUUGCUGUCAGCUCUUCUUGCUCUGCUAGCAUUUUAAUCAAAUUUGUGGCACUAAUCGGUUAUUAAAAGCUCUUUAUAACCUUGGUGUCGAUAAUUCAUGUCUUUUUUUCCUGUCCUCUUCCUCUCCAUAAACACCCUUCCUCCCUCUUGGUUCCUUCCUGCCCUCUCUCUGUCUAUUGGGUGUGUCUAGCAGUGGCCUCCGGGCCUGGUCUGGGCCCUGCUCCAAUGUCCCAGUUUGGAACCAUCUCGCGGCAGAUUUCGCGGCACAACCCCUCCAACUCCUCUGUCUCUAUGGUUUCGGCCACGGGCACCUACCGCCGGGCGCCAUCGGUCACAUCACAGUUCUCCUUGCAGCAGCAGCAGCUUCAGCUACAGCAGCAGCAGCAACUGCAGCAGCAACAGCCUCACAUUAACGGAGGCACUCCUGGCUAUGUCCAAAACUCAAUGUCUGUCGCACCUCCUCCUCCCCCCAUGCCCCAGCUGACUCCACAGAUACCUCUCACUGGCUUUGUGGCCAGGAUGCAAGAGAGCAUAGCAGACACUCCCACUCCACCGCCGCCUCCGCCCCCGGAUGACCUGCCCAUGUUUGACGACUCCCCUCCGCCGCCGCCACCUCCGGUGGAUUACGAGGAGGAGGACGCCGCCGUCGUCCAGUACGACGACCCGUACGCGGAUGGAGACCCGCAGUGGGCCCCCAAGAGCUACAAGGAGAAAGUGGUGGCCAUCUACGACUACACCAAGGACAAAGACGACGAGCUGACGUUCAUGGAGGGCGCCAUCAUCUACGUGGUGAAGAAGAACGACGACGGCUGGUACGAGGGCGUCUGCAACGGCGUCACCGGCCUGUUCCCCGGCAACUACGUGGAGAGCAUCAUGCACUACGCCGAGUGAAGCAACCUGGCAGUAACCAGUCCUAUUUAUUCAGUCAUAUCCUAACCCGGUGACCGACUGACCGUAUGAUCCUUUUUUUUUUUUUUUUUAAGAAUGGCAUAAUGUUUUCUCUCUUACUGAAUGCAAAUAAUAAUUGAUAUCUAUGUAGUCGGUGUGAUAGGGAUUGGUUUGUGGCAUUUAGACAUUUCUCCGGUUUAUUAAAGCAUUUAAAGAACAGCAGAGGACGUUGCCGUCAGUCCGAGUCGCGGUCUCAUUAUGGAGAAAAAACCACUGUAAAUUACAUUUUAAGGAUUAAGUCUUAGAAAGCAUGCAAAUGCAAAUCUGUAAUUUGAAAUUUUAUGCCACUUUUCUUCAAUUAUGUUGUAAAUUUCUUUUUUUUUUUUAUUUCACUGUCGAAAUCACUGAAGUUUUUACUCCAAUUUAAAAUCUUUUCCAUGGGCUUUCUCUCUCUCUUUUUUUUUUGUACCUAAUCCUAAAAUAAAGAAAUUGAGUUUUUGUUUUUUUAUGAAUUUGAAUCUUUUCACAAAGCAUUAAGAUCUGAUUAUCCAGUUAAAGAUAAAACAACAAUCCAGCAGCUGAUCGGUGUAAAAUGUGUUUUGAUCUUAAAAUAACUUAGUAGUAAAACCACAUUCAAGAAAAGAUCAAAAUCAGAAUUUUUGUACAGUUUUAUGCAUUUUCUUUAGACUUUAUCAAUUUACUAAAGUCCUGAGUCAAUUCAGUGUAGGCUGGGGUGAGGGAAAGGAUUUCUGCACCAUACUUGUUUAGAUUUCCAGUGAUAAACUAGGGUAGGAAAAACAUUAAAAGCUGCUCAAUUGUAGUUUUGCAUCAGAUGGGAAUAAUUUUCAGGGCCUUAAUUGGAAUAUACAACAUUAAAACGGGCAAAGACUAGUGCUGUUACUACCUUCAUCUCCUUACUUUUCCUGCUGUGAUAGGGUGGAACAUUUGUGAGUUUUGAAACCUUGAUACUGUUAACCAACCUCAAUGACUAGUAGAUCAAUUCACCAAGUUUGCAUUUUGAUCAUUUUUUACACCCACUUUUAGUCUUUUUCCUUCAUUAACUUUUAAAUGAACAGAUGCGCUGAUAAAUGAACCGACUUUCCCUUAAACUGAAGUUAUCCCAGGAAUAUUUUGUAUUACAAACUAAAAGGUUUGAACCCUGCAGUAUGUUUUCUAUUGUUAUAGUAAUAUGCUGUCUGUGACAGGAUGAAGAUCUGAAAGUAAAAUGAGUUUAAAACAAGAAUCCAAAUGAAAGCAGAGUAAAAUCUAAAGAACGGAUCAGUUCUGGUAAUAUGUGGGGGUGUAUGCUGGAUUAAUAAACUGGGGUCUCCUAUGCCUGCGGUUCAAGCAGGUAUAGGUGUUCAUGGAGAGAGGUUUAAUGGAGCGUCGGGCUGAGUCAAAUUUAGCAGCUACACGCCUCCAUCUCAAAGGCUCACAGCCUGACACUGCCGUGAGACAAUUCAGACGUAAUCCAGGCCGAACAACUAAUACCUCCUCAGUUUCCUCGAAGCAUCAAUGUCUGCGCGGCCCCCCUGGCUGGGCCGGUCUUCAUAGAACCAGGCGUCACUCAGGAAUCAAACGGUUCAGGUUUCGCUGCAGCCUUUAUUCGAUCUUCCCUCUCAUCUCUCCAACUUCCUGACCCAAAGUACU